AUGAGUACAAAUACGAUUACGAUAGCUACAGCUCAUAAAGUAGACUUUGGUUUGGGAGGCAUAUCCCUGACGGACGAGCGCUCGGAUGCUGUAUACUUCUCUCAGUCCCAUAUCAUAACUGGCGUCACAUUUCUGACCCGCAAACCAAAGCCUAGACUCAUAUUAACCCUAAUCAUCAAACCGUUUGAUGACUACGUUUGGACGUGGAUUGCAGUUUCAUUUAUAGCCAUAAUUGGCACCAUUUAUGUAUUCAAAUACAUAGACAUUGACCUCAAAUUCAAUUCAUCUGCUAUUAAGUGGGCGGUAGUGAGCGCUGCCCUCCGGCAACAGUGCGAUGUUUGGGCGGUAGUGAGCGCUGCCCUCCGGCAACAGUGCGAUGUUGUCAUACCGUAUAAACUGAGACCAGUGUUGGUGUGUUGGCUGUUGGCAUGUCUUGUGCUCACAUCCAGUUAUAGCGGAUGUCUGUUCUCAUUGAUGGCAUUCCCCACAAGAUAUAAGACAAUUAAUACGGUGGAAGAGUUGGCCGACGCCCAGACCCACAAUAGGAUACAAGUUAUGGCCACAGACAGCGGGGCUUACUAUGUGAUGAUUAAAAAAUCCAAUACCGGUGUUGGGAAGCAGUUAUCGAUCGGUUUGAGAGGUGUUUUCAAUACGAUUGCCGGUAUGAAUGAGAUGAGGGAAAGUACUGAGGAAUUGGCGUUUAUAUCGUUUCGCGAGGCACUGGUAUAUCGCAUGUAUGAGUACGGCUCGGUAUUCAAAGUAAACGGAGGGUUAUGGCUACUCAGGUGUGAUAAGUACCUAGACAAUUGUCAACGAAUAUCUAUAGUGAAAAAGGCGGGACUCAUAGACUUCUGGAGGGCUAAUGAAAUGAGAAAAAUAUCGGUUGACUUCAAUACUACUUAUAAGUCGUUGACGAGUAUAGCAACAGCCGAAAUACCUCCGUUUGUAUAUUUACGAAGAGUAAAUGAUACAAAUACCUGGCUCAUGUACAGAGGCAUUGAGUUUGAAAUGCUUAAUCUGAUGAGAGUGUACCUCAACUUUUCCAUCAAAUUUCUGAAAUGUGAUAAUUUAGGUGUCAAACAGACCAACAACACAUGGACUGAACUUUUUGGACUUAUUUCUAAAGGGGAGGCAGACCUGGGGGUGUCUGGUAUAAGCAUAACAGAGCAGCGCCGGGAAGUCUCCGAUGGAUGUCUAUACUCGUUGAUGUCUUUCCCUACAAGAAUCAAAACCAUUAAUACAGUGGAAGAGUUGGCUGAAGAACAGAUUGCCCACAGAAUUAGAGUUAUGGCCACUGAAAGUGAUGCAUACUAUGACAUGAUCAGGAACUCUAAGACAGGUUUAGGACAGUAUUUGGCCAAUGAUUUGAUUGCGUCGCUUUGGCUACCGUUUCGACAGCUACGCCAAGAUAUUCUGGCCAUUCCUAUGCGUAAGGACUUUCAGCACAAGGAUGUGGUCAACGAUUUCAUAGGAGCCGUUAAAAAGUCUGGUUUUAUAGACUAUUGGAGGGCCGCUGAGAUGAGACGGGUGUCCAAUGAUUUCAAUGCUAUUAAUAAAAAUUACUGA